UUUGCGAAAGAAUUCGGACGGGGUGUACGACAGCAACGAACGAGAGGGAAGACCAAAGAAAGAGCUGGUACACUUCCACUUGCUCUGAGUAUGUUCAGAAGGAAUGCGUCCGGAUAUGGAGAAGUCGAUCUGCAGAAAGAGGUUCAAAGGAGUGAAGAACAAACUGCAGUUCAAGACGCAGCCGAAGAAUUGAGAUUAUCUAUUCAAAAGGCGACGUAGUUGCUCUUAAGCACAAUUACAAGAGGUGUAUCAUUCCUUUCCUCCUUGCAGUUCUUUUAAAGGAUCUCCACCAUAACGGUGACGCAUUCCUGGAAGAUCACAUGGGUUUGAGAUGGCUGGAACAGUCAGAAGAAGAUCCCCUUGUAUACCAGACUGAGCACCGUGACGAUAGAAAUUCACCUAAGUGUAUCAUCGGGAACGUUUAAAUAAUAAAAGAUGGAAACAACUUCUGUUUGAGCUGCCAUGAAGAGCAACGCCUAGUUGCAUUGCUCCAGGGGUCAGUUGAAUCAGACGAUUCACGUGCGUCAGGUGGUGACGAAGAGGAAGGGGAGCAAGCCCAGGCGGACAACUUUUCAGAGCCAAUUAGAUUUGAAGCUGGAAGGAGUAGGUCUGGAAGA